UGGCGGGAAGCUGGCUUGUUUGGCGGGAAGUUGGACCAGUUCCCCGGUCCCCGCCUUUUUUCUCCCCAGAGGGUUUUCAGUCUUACCUCUCUAAUCUCGGCAUAGGGUGUAGUACCCCUUCGCACGGAGGACGCGAUGGCUUCCAGGAAACGCCCAGAAACCCGGAAGACCCCUGAGGUGGUCGUGCGCCGCAAGAGCAAGAGGAACAGAAGCCCCCGAGAGUUGGAGCCCGAGGCCAAGAAGCUCUGUGUGAAGGGCCCCGGUUCUAGCAGAAGAUUUGACUCAGGCUGCCUUUGGGCGGGGUUGGCUAGCCUGCAGGUCUCACCACCAUGCAGGAAUAUCGUCAGGGCCCUCUAUCACCAUAAAGUGGGCAAAGCUGCUUGGCCAUCACUACAGCAGAGUCUCCAGCAUUCCUUUUUGCAGUCUCUGGCUUCUUACCGGAUAUUCCAAAAGGCUGCCCCCUUUGACAGGAGGGCCACAUCCUUGGCAUGGCACCCAACUCACCCCAGCACCCUGGCUGUAGGUUCCAAAGGGGGAGAUAUCAUGCUCUGGAACUUUGGCAUAAAGGACAAACCUACCUUCAUUAAAGGGAUUGGAGCUGGAGGGAGCAUCACUGGGCUGAAGUUUAACCCUCUCAAUACCAACCAGUUUUUCACCUCCUCAAUGGAGGGAAUGACUAGGCUACAAGACUUUAAAGGCAACACUCUCCAAGUUUUUGCCAGCUACAGCAUCUGCAACUUCUGGUUUUGCAGCCUGGAUGUGUCUGCCAAAAGCCGAGUGGUGGUCACAGGAGACAAUGUAGGGAACGUGAUCCUGCUGAGCAUGGACGGCAAGGAGCUUUGGAAUCUGAGAAUGCACAAAAAGAAAGUGACCCAUUUGGCCCUGAACCCAUGCUGUGAUUGGUUCCUGGCCACAGCCUCUGUAGAUCAAACAGUGAAAAUCUGGGACCUGCGCCAGGUUAAAGGGAAAUCCAGCUUCCUCUACUCACUGCCACACAGGCAUCCUGUCAACGCAGCUCAUUUCAGUCCCGAUGGAGCCCAGCUGCUGACCACUGACCAGAACAGUGAGAUCCGGGUUUACUCUGCCUCCCAGUGGGACUGCCCCCCGAGCCUGAUCCCGCACCCUCACCGCCACUUCCAGCACCUGACGCCCAUCAAGGCAGCCUGGCAUCCUCGGUACAACUUCAUUGUUGUGGGCCGAUACCCAGAUCCUAAUUUCAAAAGUUGUACCCCCUAUGAAUUAAGGACAAUCGAUGUAUUUGAUGGAAGCUCAGGGAAGUUGAUGCAUCAGCUCUAUGACCCAGAAUCUUCUGGAAUCAUUUCGCUCAAUGAGUUCAAUCCUAUGGGAGACACGCUGGCUUCUUUGAUGGGUUAUCACAUUCUCAUUUGGAGCCAAGAGGAAGCUGGGAUGCAGAAAUGAGACAUUAAAGAAGGUACGGAUCAAGCCAGGGCUUGGAGCCACGUGAGAACAAGUCCUGCGAGAAGAGGUGGCUAUGUGUUAAAGGGCCAAAGGUAUUCAAGUCUUAGGAUUGGAGCAGGGAUGCUGUGGCAUGGAAUACUGUGGGGCUGAGACACUGGCAUGUUAUUGUUCUGGACUUAGCUCUGGAAACUUCUCCAGAGUUGGUGACUCAGCUGCCCCAAGGGUACCUGCUUGUAUCUAGCCCGAAGCCAAGCUUCUCCUGGAGUCAAGGAACUUUUCUUCUCCCUGACAUGUGACGGCAGAGUGAUCAGGUGGUGGUUUUGAUAUGUGUUCACUAUUGACAUGGCCAAUAAAAUCAUACCCAACUGA